UUGGUUUCAGUCGUACAAAACUCAUUGAGCGGACUGGCAACGGCGGCGUCUGUGUGCGUUAAUAAUAAUUAUUAUUUUUUUUACAAUUUGUUUUUGUUGUUGUGCAUCGAAGCCUUGUUUAGAUUUGAAACGAGACGAAAAAGUUCUGAAUGAAGUGUAAAGUGUGCUUUACGUGCGAUGCAAUUGAUCAUUUCAAUUCUGUAUUAUUGUUAUUGCGGUUUUAGUACGCCAAAAGUAAAGUAAACUCGUUUACCAACACAGACGCUGUGUUUGUAUUUGUUUGCAUUUGCCUUGCUUUUGCUUUUGUUUGUUUGCUUGGCCGAUGUUGCGCGCGGCAUUCAGAUGCAAAUUUCAUGCACCACAUAGAGCAAACUUAAUGGGGAAAAUUGAAUUAAAGAACUAAAUGAUAUUCAAUGCAUUCCUUUUUGCCGCGCAACAUAACAAUAAUAACAACCACAACAACGACUACUGCAACAACAGCAACCACCACAAGAGCCAAACGACGACGCCAACGCUGGCAAACACAACAACCACUACAGUUAAUAAACUGUAGCAACAGUUGAGGCAGCAGAAGAAAUAUAAAAUAACAACUUAAAAGAUGUCAUUGACGAAAAAGGAUCCGUCGUUGCGUGUUGCUGCCUCUGAUCCACAUUUGGUUAGCUUGGGCGGCGGACGCCUCAGCACCGCUGUCACCAUACACUACAUACAUAUUGGCGACACAACAAUCGGAUCAGCUCCGAACUGCAGCAUCUCACUGAACGGCAGCGGUGUCCGACCGCUGCACUGCACCAUCUAUAGAAGCGAGGAGAACGAGGUGACGCUGGUGCCGGAGCAGGAGGCGCGUGUGCUGAUCGACGGCGCUCCUUUGGAUGACGUGGAGGAGGCGAAACUGAGUCAGGGUGCCAUGAUAACCAUUGGCAACUCGAACUAUCUGCGUUUCAACAAUCCGGACGAGGCGCAAAUGAUGCGCUCAGCGAUGGGCUCCAACGAGCGCAUCUCCAUGCCGCACAUUGACUUUACGCAAUCGUCGCGUUCCAACGACAGCCAAACACUGGAGAUGGAGAGCUUCUACGAGAGCAUCAUUAAUCCCAUCAAGCAUAGCGGGAAUACCAACACAAACACCAACACAAACACCAACAGCAACAGCAACAACAGUGGCAAUAGCAACAAUAGCAACAGCAUGGAUCUGCAUGGCGUGCAGUGCCCCAAGGUGUUUAGCUCCGAUCUGGUGACUGUGAAUAUGGCCGCACGCGAUGUGCUUGGCCAGAAGUACGCGAGCUUUGCCCGCAAUCUGGCCGAGAAUCAUCGCGGCGAGAAGCAGCUGAACAAUCAAUAUGCCAAAUCCCUAAAUAGCAGCGGCGCCAAUGGAAUUGGCCAUAAUGCCGGCUACUGCAAUAUACCCAGCAAUGCGGCGGUCUUCAAGCAGCAGCAGCAGCAGCAGCAACAACAACAACAGGGACAGCAACAGCAACAACUGGGACAGUCUGAGCUGCUGGGCAAGGUGAACAACGAUCGAUAUGAUCGAUAUCCCAAGCCGGGCACCUACACCGCCGGCGGCCUGCAAAUAUUUGCCAUGAACGGCAUCAAUACGGAGCUGAACAGCGGCGCCGAGCUGGAGGAUAUGCUGAAGAUCUGCACCGAGUACGCGGAUCGGCAGCAGCAGCAGCUGCAGCACAGCGCCAACAACAGCGGCAGCAGCCAUGCGCUGCACAAUGCCAGCGCUGGCAGUAUCACCUCCUCGCCCAUUGUCCAGAACAGGAUCAAGACGAACGGAUCACUGCCGCGGGACAAGAAGCCAACGUUUCAGCAUGCGGGCAGCAGCUCCAACUUGGCGCUGAUUAGCAGCACGUCUGGCUAUGAGAAUGUCCGUAUGCUGGGUCCCAAUCGUGUCGAGAUCAAUGGACAGCUGCAUGUGCCUGCAGCAGGAGGAGGAGGAGGAGCAGCAGCUGGUGGCGGAGCCGGAGCAGCUGGAACUGGAGGCGCUGCCUCAGCGUCGGAGAAUCACUUGGCCGGCGGCACAACCAAGUACGUGCCACAGAGUCCACGCACCAAAAUACGCACCAAUUGCAUGUCGCCCAAGAAGGAUGCAUCCUUUAGCAGCGCCUUUGCGCUGGCCAGCUCCACGCCGACGCCGGUGCCGGCGUUGGUGAAGCCGCCGUUGGCACCCAAGCCGCCGGCGCCCAAUCAGCAACGGGACUAUGAGCAGCUCUUCAAGUCGUUUGAGCGCAAGCAGCAGAUCGAGCAGCAGCAGCAGCAGAUGCAGCAACAGCAGCAGCAGAUGCAGCAGCAGCAGCAACAACAACAACAACAUCCUGCCAAGCGCUCCAACAAGAAUAUCAACAAUCUAACGCUCAAUCUGAACGAAUCCGCCAGCCAAUCGCCAAAGCCCAGCCGCAAGCCAGCGCCAGCGCCGCGCAGCAUCAACGUGGAGCAGCGGAAGCGGCGCGAGUUGGAUCAGCGGCACAACCAGCUCAAUCGGGAGCUGGGCGAACUGCCGGAUGCCAGCAGCAAUCACGAGUCGGCGUCAGCUGAACAGCAGCAGCAGCAGCAGCAGCAGCAACCUCAGCCGCAGGCAACGUCCGCAGCGCAGCCGGCGUCGACGCCUCGCCAGCAGCUUUUGGCCCUGCAGAAUCGGAUCCAUCGCCUGGAGGCGCAGCGCAAUGCGACGCGCGUGAUGGAGGAGAAUCAGCAGGCCAAGCUGAAGCAGUCCAUUGAAAUGAAACAGGAUCAGUUGAAUAAGCUGCGCGCGAUGCUGAAGCAGAAGCCGAACAAUGCCUGCCUGAAGGAGGAGCUGGAGCAUGUGUGCGAGUCGCUGGAUAGUGAUCGCAAGGCAUUCGAGGAUCUGGAGUUUCAAUAUUUCGAGGAGGAGUCGGAGCAUCAUGCCUGCCACGAGGAGCUGAAGCGGCAGGAGCAGCGUCUUGUCUUGGAAACGGAACUGGCAUCGUUGCACAUACAGCUGGGACGCGACGAGCCCGACGAGGAGGAGUCACAGGCACAGGUCAUAUCAUCCACAAGUGGACGCAGCACGCCCGCUGCCACCAAUGGCGGCAGCAAUCUGGCCAACGGCGUCAUGUCCCAGUCACUGUUCGGUUCCGCUGAGCUGUUGUGCCCCAAGCGGCACAAUCAGGAGGAUCUGAUGUCCAAGAGCGUCAACGAGAACAUGUUCCACAGCAACAACAAGAUCGAACUGCCGCUCGGUGGCCAGGUGACCAGCACACCGAAGCGAGCACCGUUGCAGAUCUACGAUGCCGGCAGCUGUGAACAGAUCAGCUUCAAUUUAUCGCUGCGCAGCGAUCGAUUCGAAGUGAAUCCGCUGGAGCGACGGGUGCCCUCGCAGGAUGACAUCGAUCGCAGCUGCAAGGUGGCCAACGAUGCGCCUAUUUCGACCAGCCAAGGAGCCAGCACCAAGAUCUUCGACAGCAUCAAAGAAAUCGAACGGAAUCGCAAGCUGCUGCUGGCCCAGCAAGGUCACCAGGUCAUUGAGCACGAGCGCCAGAAGAUGUACGAUCUGAAGAAGAAGAGCCACGACGAGGCACGCACACAAUAUUUGCUCUCCAUGCAGCAGACAACAGAGCCAGCGAUUGAACCACCGCGACCACCACCCAAGCACGCUCCAAUGAACGCCAACGGCGGCAAAGAUGCCAAACUGUUUGACAAAGUCGAACUACAAAAGCUCAACGAUGAAACCGCGCAACAACAACAACAACAGCAAAAGACACAACACGAUAAAGAGAAUAAUGCGUCAGGUGAUGGCAGCGCUGCUAGUACAAAAUCAACAACAACAACAACAACAACGACGACAGCAGCAGCAAUAACGGGGACAACAACAACAGCAAAUCAACAGCAACGUCACUCGCAGCCGGAACUGGAGCAUCAUGGAAUCGUGGCGGUUGGCUCUGCUCACGGCACAGUGGCGCGCAGUCCGCGGCCGCUGUCGGAGGCGAACAACUGUGAGGCGGCCAUUGAGACGCCCAAGUUCGCUGCCAACGGCGAUGUGGGCGUGACGGAUAACAAUAAGCGCGCCAGCAGCAACAGCAACUCACAGGACACCGCGUCGGCGGGCAGCGGCAGCGGCAGUGGCAGCAGCAGCGGCGCCGGCACCGGCAGCAGCAGCGCCAGCGCCAAUGGCGGCGAACGUAAACGCAUGCUGCCCAAGCAUCAGCGGCCACUGACACGCUACCUGCCCAUCUUCUCGCCGGAUCUGAAUCUGCGGCAUCACAUCGAGACGGCCGGCCAUCAGAUCGAUCUCUGUCCGCAUGUGUUUGUCGAUGCGCACAGCUGUCGCGGUUACCUGCACAAAUUGGGCGCCACGUUCCAUGCCUGGUCCCGUCGCUGGUUUGUGCUGGAUAGACAGCGCAGCGCGCUCAUCUACUACUCGGACAAGUCGGAGCGGAAGCCACGAGGCGGUGCCUACUUUGCCACCAUUGACGAGGUCUAUUUGGAUCAUUUGAAUGCCUCGAAGAGCGGCCGACCCCAUUGCACAUUCAUUGUGAAGACGAAGAAGCGUAGCUAUAAUCUGCAGGCGGCUUCCGAUGCAGCGGCGCGCAUCUGGAUCGAUGCCAUCAUAACGGGCGCACAGGGAAAUCUGGACUAUUGAUAGAGAAACAACAAACCCACCCACACACACACACACACACACACACAAAGUGGAGAAGGAAACCAGCCAGUGGGACAGUGUACACAUACUGAAACGGUUUUAGCUCAACUAAAUUGUAAACUUGUAGAUACGUAAGACAGUUAAAUAUAGUCGUUAGGUUAGCUUACAUAAAUCAUGUAUGUAUAAAGAGAAACUAUUACUAAAAACACUUAAACUAAAUAUACCAAGAAACUAAGAACUAUUUUGGAAACUAACGAAAUCCGAGAUUUCAGUACUGGACCAAAGUGAAGAAUGUAUUUUGUAUGCUUUUAAUUUGUCAUAAUUUUAGUGAACUAAGCAUUAUAUUUAUAUACAUAUAUCAUACACAUGCAUAUAAUAUAUAUAUAUAUAUAUAUAUAUAUAUAUAUAUAUAUAUAUAUAUAUAUAUAUAUUUAUACAGACAGACAGCCCAACGCAUAUAACGCAACCAUUUCAUCAACUACUUAUAUACAAUAUAUCUAUUUUUUUUUUUAUACAUACUACAAAUGAAUCUAUCUGACUAUCUAUGUAAUUACUAUUGAAGUUUCAAUGUGAACACUUAACUGUAUGCUACAAUAAAUAUUUGUAUUUUUUUAUAAAACUGAAAUCGAGAAUGGAUUGCAACAAAAAGUAUGGUCCUUCCUGAGAUAAAAGCCAAUGCCAAUGCAAGAAUUUGUGCUCAGGCAAACUGAUAAAACGAUAAUCAAAAACUAUUAACGUAAUCAAAUGAAACUUACAAAUAUUUAAAAUAAUUAUGCAAAUGUAAGUCGCUACGGCAAAGAUAGCAAAUAAAGAAUUGUUUUUAAAUGGAUAA